AGGGGGAGAGUGAGUGCGAGAGGUAGAGAUAGAGAGGAAGGGGGCCCCUACCUGGCCAUGCAUAACGCAUAGAGACGAGAGAAUACCAGGAUGUUCACUAUUUAUGCCAUGGCAUAGUCAUGUUCAUGUCCAGCUGACCUAGCCUAUGAUAGGGUAUUUGUGUGUGAGUGUGUAUGAGAGAAGGAGAGAUAGAGGGAGAGUGUGAGAGAGAGGAAAGAAGAGAGAGAAAGAGAGGGAGACGUAGGAGGAAGAUGUGAGUGUGUGUGUAUGAGUGUGUGAGCUAUCAUCAAGCUCUGAUUGUGUAUCCUACCUUGUCUGCAUAGCAAUGCAUGCAUAAGCGUGCCAAUAUUCCAGCGCUCGCUCGCUCACACACAUACACACUCUCACCCACACAGUGCUAGUGGAGCUAGAGUGAGUCUGUGUGUGUGUGAUGUAUCAGGCACAUGGAGGGAGGCUUAGCUGAUAUAGAAGCACCUUUAAACAUGUCUGUUAAUCAACUAUCAUGGAUCAAGUCUUUAUUGGCCCCAAACUAGAGAUGAUUCUUUGGUAAACCUUUAAACUGACAUUGUGGACCGAUCAUACAAAGAUUGCACCAGGAACGGGAGUCCCAUGCUGGAAGUUUGGUUGCCGCCACCAAAAAGCAGAUGGUUUUUGUCAUCCGAUGGUGGGGUCUGAUUUGGGUGUCUCUCACCCUAAUACUCUCUCGCUCUCUGUCUCUGCCUCUCUCUGCUGGGUCAACUUUAAUUCACAGUGAUAAAUGAUGAGACACUGUCAAUGCUAAGGCCAUGGAUUUCAUUGAUGUUGUGGACAAAGACAAAAUUGUGAUAAUUCUUCCAUGAGCAUCUCAUAAAAACCUUGUGUGUGUAUUAUUUCUUGGAGGUUGCUACUAUAUCUUGAUCUUCAGUAGAUAACUAGUGUAGUGGAAGUCCUCUUCUCCUCCUUCUCUUCAUCAUCGUAAUCAACAUCGACAUCUUCCUCACCAAUUUUCUUUUGACUUGUUUCAUCAUUGUGAAUCAGGUAUAGAUGAUAUUCAAGACUAUCUUUCAGAUGUGCCUCUGGUGGAAAUUAACACAACUCUAUGACAAUCAUGUAUGAUGAAGGUUAUCCAUUAUUGAUGCUGAAACAGUUCUAAUAAUACUGAGCAUAAGCAACAAUUGGAGGGAGAAUAAUUUGUUCACCACAGGAACUUAAUAAUGAGUUGAGGGAGAAUCGCUAAUUUUAUGCGGGGCAAAUUGUCGAGAGCUGCCAUAGUUUGGUAUCAGAAGUUUUGAAAUUACCAAAAGCCCCAGCUGAGCAAUGUUUGUUUUGUAAUUUCAAUUAUUCGCAGCAUUCCACCACAGUGUGCAAUUAAUAUAAUCUAUAACUUGGAGUACUCUGGACCAAUUGACAGUAACAUCUUUUAAAUCCUGGCGAUCAUAUAUAUAUGUAGGAUUGAUACCUUAACAGCUCUAUCUAGACUGUAGGAUCCCGACUUGGUCCUAAGAUUAAUCCGUGAAGACUCGAUAUACAGGCUGAAAUAACAAUGUCAAAAGACGAUAGCAGUUUACCCAUAGGGGGCAGUGGCGCAGGUGGUAGAGGAAAUCGCAUGAGGAGAUCAUUCCGCCGGUUUAUGGGCAAAAAAGGAGAAAAAGAACUUGAAGGAGGUACUGGAGGAGGAGGAGGAGGAGGUUUAGGACCAAUCAACAACAAUGACUUACAAGGAGGACCCAAAAGAAAGGGCAGUAUAAAGAAGUGGCUAACAAGUCCGAUCCGAAAACCCAGUGGGAAAGGAGCAGAGAGAAUAGAGACGCCUAACAGAACAGCAAACAGUGGUUCAGGAAGGGGUCGAAGACUAGAUCAAAAGGGACAGGAGCCAUUCAUUGAAGAAGCAGCAAGUCAGCAGGAAGGAGGAGCAAGAGAAGAGCUUGCUGGGAUUGAUAACGUAGUUCAUGAGGCUAGUGGAGAGACCGUCGACCUGAAGCCCGCAGUGCGUGUGUCCGACCUUCCUAUUGACGAAGAAGAGGGGGAGGCAGAGGCAGUGCCCCUUCCCCCACCAAUGGAGCUCCAAAAUCAUUCAUCUCUGAUUGGACCCCCUUCUGGUGCAGCCCAUGACAAGAGAGAGUCCCUUCUUUCCACUCUGGAGCCAGUCGCUAAUAUCACUGGCUCGGGCAGAGAGUUGGCUUCUGAAGGAGAUAACAAAACACCACAUAAAAUGGAGGGUGAGAAGGAAACAGAAAAGGGUGGUGAAGAAUGUGGUGAUGGGAAGACAGAUGAGGAAGGGGUUACCAUGACAACAGGCCAACCUGCUACAAUCAAAGAAGAAGAUGAGAACGAGGUGGAGAAUUCAGAGAAUCCAGAAGGAGAUGGUGCACAAGAAGAAGAGACGCCAGCAGAACCAGAACCGAUACCAGAGCCUGAACCAGAACCUGAACCAGAACCAGAGCUUACAGAUGAGGAGAGAGCACAAAAGAAGAAAGAUGAAGCCCUGUACAAACUAUCAUUUGUGCUAGAAGAGAUGGUGGUGACAGAAUCAGACUAUGUAGCAGAUCUAGCUAAAGUAGUCAUUGGUUACAGAGAAGACAUGAAGAAAGAAGAAACAGAACUGCCAUCAGAAAUGGAGUCUGGGAAAGUGAAGAUUGUCUUCGGCAACAUCCAUCAAAUCUAUGAAUGGCAUAGAGACACAUUCUCCAAGGAGAUUGCCAAAGUCAAAGAGGAACCUGAGAAGCUCGGUCCACUCUUCAAACGCUAUGAGCGGAGAUUACGUAUGUACGUGGUGUACUGUCAGAACAAACCCAAAUCCGAGUUCAUCGUCAACGAGUUUGAGACAUUCUUUGAGGAGAUGAGAGUAAAGCUUGGUCACAAACUGUCGCUAUCUGAUCUACUUAUCAAGCCAGUCCAAAGGAUCAUGAAAUACCAGCUACUACUAAAGGACAUCUUAAAACAGUCGCAGCGAGCUGGUAUGGAUACGGUAGAACUCGAACAAGCCGUUAACAUCAUGAAGGUUGUCCCGAAGAAAGCCAACGACAUGAUGGCUAUUAGCAGACUACAAGGAUGGGAUGGUAAGAUCAAUGCACAGGGAGAGCUACUGAUGCAAGACUUACUCAUGGUGGCCGUGGCUGACGAAGGAACGCAGAAGUACAAGGAACGACGGGUCUUCAUGUUUGAACAGAUCGUGAUCUUUGCAGACCAACUAGAGAAAAAAGGUUUUAGUAAUCCAGGUUAUAUCUUCAAGUACAGUAUCAAGGUGAACCAGCUAGUGUUGGAUGAUGGGGACGAUCCUAUCAAGUUCACCCUGAGAGCCAAGGCCAAGGAUGGUCUGGUGCUCAACUGCCAGGCUAGUACCCCUGUCUGCAAGGUCAAAUGGGUCACAGAGAUCAGUCAGGUUUGCAAUCAGCAGCAGAACCUCCUCAAAGCCCUGCAAUCACCAAUUGCUUACCAGAAAGGACUAGAGGGAGGAGCAAGUUUAGGAUUGGAUCCAUUUGGAGCUCCGGAGGGCAAGUCUCCCGGUCCGUCUCCCGCACCGUCCCCUACCUCGCCUAGUGCGGACAAGUCCACCAAACUGCGCAAGGCUGUAUCUCAGAGCAGUGAACCCCCAACACAGCUCCAGAAACAACAUAACCUCUUCAGCAGUCUCAAGAGUCGCAAGAACCAGACAGCCCCAGCUGCGAUCUCCCUUAACGAACUCAGAGAGACCAAGAACAAUGCCAAGAAGAACGACGCAAAGUCUGGGACGCCCACCCACGAUGAAAAAGCGGAGAAGGGAAAGGACGAUAAGAAAGACAACACGGCAGGGUCGCCGUCUAUCCGUAGGAAAUUUUUUGAUGGAUUGUUUCAUUCAUUUCGUCCAAGCAAGUCAAGGGACACAAGCCCUAUGGGAAGCAAGGAGAGUUUGCAGAAGGGUAAAGAACACAAAGAGAUACCCAACACUCCUAAAGAGAUUGUGGAGAAAGGAAACAAGUCAGUAGUACCAGUGUCGGGUCAUUUAGAUUUAGGGACGACUAACAAUGCGACGACCGAGAACGCUUCAACGGAAAGUCCGAAGACUAACGCAGCUAAUAAGAGCCCGCUAAUGCGGACGCAAAGUGCAAAUAUUGGAACUGCUGUAAUCAGCAAUGAGAAGAUGUCACCAGGGUCGGUGUCAACCGGCAAUGGUGGUGGGGUCGCAAUCGAUAACAAAGCCGAUAACAAAGCCAAAGGGAGCCCCCUACAUGUGAUAAGCUCCUCCUCCAGCCCAUCUAAAGACAGUGGCGUUUCCGUACGCUCUAAGCGUGCAUCCACAGGUUCGCUACAGAAAGAUGGCGAAGUGAAUGGAAAGGACAGUACAGAAUCACCGUCCAGUCAGAAGAAAGGAGGUCAGUCCUCGUCUCCUGCGCGUUCGCAAAUACCUCAUGGGGUCACGAAUCGAGAUCAGUCAGGAUCACCCUUCAAUCGAUCGAGCUAUACAUCGGUUUCCAGUUCCGAACCCGACGAUGGAACAUUUACCGAUCACUGCAUGGCUCCGAUCGUAGAGGACUAUGCUGCAGAGAAGGAAGAUGAGAUCUGUGUUUCCAAGGGAGAGGUGGUCCAGAUCCUAGCGGCCAACCAGCACAACAUGUUCCUGGUGUAUCGAGCAGCGGACAAGCAAUCCCCAGCGAUUGAAGGCUGGAUACCAGGCGAGGUCCUCAACUUUACCGGCCCCACCCAACACCAGAGCAGAGGAGGGGAUUCCCCUGCUCCUGGAGCCGUGGCUGCUCCAGUGGCGGCCAAGGACAGCCCCAGCAAUUUGGGUUUAGAAAGUAGUUCUCCUGAGGAAACUGAGUCGCUGAGUUCUUGCUCAAAUCCCCCAGAAAUCACUGACCUCUUAGAUCAGUUCAUAGCAGAGAACAUGGUAUCAGAGCCGACAGGGUCGCCUGUUCAGCUCAGCAGGGCCAAGAGGGGAUCUUUGUUAGGUUACUCUGAGACUACAUCACUAGAUCAUCACAUCUUGAAUGAUACCUAUGCUCCAAUAUCACCCUAUACCUACAAUCUCAAUUUUGAAGCUUUGUUGAGCCCAAAUUUCCAACAAAAAUGGAAUUCUGUUAUCCUGGGAUUGCCUGCAUUUGACUUUCCUAGCCCAGAAGCUCAAGUGCUUCCCGACUCUAAAGAAGAUGAAAAUACAAAAGAAAGAAACUUGGAUAAACUUGAGAGGGAUAUGCAAGACAACUCUUUAAAUGAAUCUAAGACCCCAUUAGAAACUUUUGUUGAAAGAGAGAUAUGCAAUGAAGAAGUUGGUAGGCAUCCCAGUGAAAAUUUGUAUCAGAAUUACUUGAAGGAUUAUUUGUAUUCAUCUUUCGAAAAAGUAAAAUCUUUUUGUGAAGACAAUGGGAAAGCCGACGGAAGUUGCAUUGAGGAGACAGUAAUGGAAAGUUCCUUUCAAAUGCCUCAAACCAGUCUGAACCAGAAUGAACCAGUUUUGCCUAUACAAGAACCAAUUCAAGCCAGUUUUGAGCAAGAACAAAUUCAAGCUAGUUUUGAGCAAGAACCAAUUCAAGCCAGUUUUGAGCAGGAACCAAUUCAGGCCAGUUUUGAGCAAGAACCAAUUCAAGCUGGUUUUGAGCAAGAACCAAUUCAAGCCGGUUUUGAGCAAGAUCCAAUUCAAGCUGGUUUUGAGCAAGAACCAAUUCAAUCUAGUUUUGAGCAAGAACCAAUUCAAGACGGUUUUGAACAAGAACCAAUUCAAGCCAGUUUUGAGCAAGAACCAAUUCAUGGCAGUUUUGAGCAAGAACCAAUUCAAGCUAGUUUUGAGCAAGAACCAAUUCAAGCAAGUUUUGAGCAAGAACCAAUUCAAGCCGGUUUUGAGCAAGAACCAAUUCAAGCUAGUUUUGAGCAAGAACCAAUUCAAGCAAGUUUUGAGCAAGAACCAAUUCAAGCUGGUUUUGAGCAAGAACCAAUUCAAGCUAGUUUUGAGCAAGAACCAAUUCAAGACAGUUUUGAACAAGAACCAAUUCAAGCCGGUUUUGAGCAAGAACCAAUUCAAGCUAGUUUAGAGCAAGAACCGAUUCAAGGCAGUUUUGAGCAAGAACCAAUUCAAGCUAGUUUAGAGCAAGAACCGAUUCAAGGCAGUUUUGAGCAAGAACCAAUUCAAUCCAGUUUUGAGCAAGAACCAGAGGACUCGGUAUCCAACAACACAGAAUCAAAGAUUGGUCCUUGUUUUAUCCAGUAGAUUAACAAUAACAUAAUCAUUUCUGACCAUUUUAAAAUGCAAGGUGGUAGAAUUCUAUUUAAACAUAAUAAGAGACAUUCCAAAGUGAACCAUUUCAUUUUAUUUCUAUUUGGUAGUUAUGUUCAUUUACAGGAAGAUUGGCAUACGGUACAAUGUACAUCUUAUGAUUUGUUUUCUGUAUGAUUUGUUUUAAUAUAUUUUUUACAUUAAUCACACAGUCACAGACUCGCUGAAGAGGAAUCUUUUUUUCAAAUUCUAUCAUCUAGUUAUCUGUAUGACAUUUAAAGGGAAAAGAAAAGGGAUUGGGCUAUUAAAAGCAAAACGUGUGCUUGCAAAAUAUUUAAGGCAAUCAAAACAUUUUGCUCCUUUGGAUUUCCUUGUUUUAUAAUCACUUACCUGUUUUCAGAUCAGUUAAUAUGGGAUUUAGGUCUACAGAUUGGUAUUCAUCAUGGGAAAAAAAAUUCAUCUGAUCUGUCGGACAUCUUGGUUCACUUUGAACGAAAUGAAACUUCAUGACUGGACAGAUACAUGUUGUUUCUUUCUGUUUUGUUUCAUUUUGUUUUUUCACUAAAAUGUAUUUGCAGAUACUCCAUACCGGGUCUACAUUUUACACCUACUUGUAUUCAUUUACGAUGGUUAAGUUAUGCUUAUGAUUUUGCGAGGUUUAUCAUGGAAUAUAAGUUUUAUUUGGGGCAUCACAGAUUACAUGUAUGUCAGAUUUCAAGAUUGGAAAUGAGAUAUUCAUUGGUCACAACUUUAUCUUCUCUUCAAUUUUGUUUGUUUAUAUAAUUCAAAUCUGGUAGGGACUCUGAGAGUCACCUAAGAUAUAGAAAUUGUAUCGGGAUGAUAGCUUCAUAACUAAAAGUGAAAAUUUUCCCCCAAGAUUUAUUUUACAUCAACACUUUUUAAAAAGUGUUCUCAUUCUCAUAAAAACAGAGAAUUGCAAAGAAAUGAUCAUGCCGCCCACCCCCUCAGAAUAAGACCCCCCCCCCCCCCCCCAGUGAUUUCAGCACCCAACUUGUGAGGAAGCCUCUGUGAUGAAUAUUAUAACCAUGUAUCUUUCUUGAUAUGUGGUGACAUUGUCUUGAAGUUUGCACAAAAUGAUGAUGGAGGACCACGAUGCUUUCUUGUUCAAAACCUCUGUUAUCUCAAUUUACAUAAAAACAUGCAAUGGCUUCUUCUGGCCACGAUGUUACGUGAGAGAGUUAGAGAAACAAAGUACAAACCAGAUUUAUAGAUACACCAUUUCUUGCUGAUAGGUUUGAACAUUUCUUCUUCUUUCAUUCAUUAAAAAGAAAAUCAUUACAUGAUGAUUGAAAUGGGCAAAAGAUAAAGUGAGCUUAUCAUAUGUUAAAUGGAACACACACGAUAGCACUGUGAGGUAUACCCUGUGUGUCAUAUCGGGCUAUAUUCGAAAAGAGUUUCUUGAGUACAAUGUGAGUUGCUUCAAAGACAAGGAAUGUUUUGAUAGCCAGGUAUCGUCAUGCCAACUAUCAAUACCCUGUCUGGUAUCAUUAUUAUCCAAGAGGUCGGAGAGAUAUUGGAGAAUGCACGUAUGAAAUUGAUAUCUGCACAUUUAUAUGGAUUGACAAUCACUUGAUUAUGAUUAUGCAUUAACAUUCACCUUUCAUAGUAGGUUAAUAUUUCUAUUUUAUCACAGAUUUAUGGACAAAGAGGUGUUUUAAUGAUCUUUCAGUUAUCUAUUGCAUAUAUUCACCUUUUUUUAACUCAUAUCCACUCACAAGAUGAAGGAGAAGAAAACUUUUAUUUCAUAUCGUGAUUGAUUUGUGCUUGUGUGAUUUUUCACAAUGAAAGUCAGAAUUUAAUCUCACUAUAAAGCUAGCAAUCAAAAUACUUGCUUCUUUCAGUAGUGAAGUUCUCUUUACCUCUUUGUACUGCUAUGAGAAGAAAUGCUGAUUCUUUGAAAAUGCACUAAAGGGCAACCCGUCCUUCACAGUAUUUAUGAGCUCAAUUAAUAUUUGCUUUCUAGGGAGAGGGUCCAUGAGAAGUUUCUAUUUAUUACAUGUAUAUCAGUGGAAUUGAACCCUCACUUUUCAUUUGAAGAAUUCUAUCUAUGACGUUAUGAAGUUAAUGAAUAUUGUUCUUGCUCAAAAAACAGUAAAGAAAACUUUUUACAAUCAUUUCCACUAAUUGUAUGUUGAUUGAAAUGUAACUGUAAACUUUUUUUGUGGAAUGGUCUCACCAAAAAGCUGAAAAGGGGUACAUGUCGAAGAUGGCAAAAAACGUAAACAAAUGAUGUAUGUUGCACUCAAAAAGUAAGAACAAGUUUUUGUGUGAAUCAACGUGAAUAUAACAGCACUGUAGAUUAUCUGAUUGUACAUACUUUGAUGUAUUGAAUUAGUCUAGAUAUAAAAUAUGUAUUAUAGAAUGUACAGACCCUCUUCAUUUGACUGGAACAUUCUAUACCCCAAGAUGGGUGCUUCUUGAAUUCUAUCAUAGCUGUUUGUCGGGUGUUUUUUGAAGUUUAGAGAAGAAAUUUGGUAAGCCAGCAUUGAUUUGUUUCUAUCUCUGGGCCAUCUUUCACAUGUGUUUUAAUCUGUACAGAAUUGGAUGAGCACUGUAAUGUUGUUUAGUUGCUACACAUACAUGACGAUGACAAACUAUUCAGUAGAUAUUGACGAAUGAGUCGUUAUUCUCAUGCACUUGUUGGAUAAUCCCCUUGAGUCUUUGUUGAAACUCAUUUGUAUACCACAUCAACUUUGCAGUUACACUUAUUUUGGAAUCUUCUUAUUUCUGGAUUGAGAUAUGUCUCCCCUUCACCAAAAUGUACUAACCUUAGUUAGUGUGCCUGAACAUGCGUAAUGCUAUGCCGGAAAAACAACGCUAGAUUACCAAGAGACUUAAUCCUUGAUUAAUCCUGUAUUCAAAGCUCAGUUUACUUGUAGAUGUCUAAGUAGACAUUGUAGCAAGGUCUCGUUGCUAUCAUAUAGGUACCAAAGAUGCAUUGAAAAAGCUCUAAACUUUGGUGCUUGGUUGCAAGGAAAACUGCAGAUACAUAGCGUGGACCAGAACAAAUAGAAUCUAAUAUAUUCUUUCACUUUUGUAUAUUUCACCUAUGGCAAAGGUGAUGGAUAUAUAAAAUUAUAGACUGAAUAUAUUAUUAUACUCUAGGUUAGAAUUCUUGCGCCAUACUUUUGUUUUUUGGUAUCUGUAAAAAGUUGAAAUUUGCCCAGCAUGAAUUGCUCGCUGUAGAGUGAAUGAUCUUGAUUAUGAUAUAUUAUAUUGUAGUGCAAGAAUGAGAAUACUGAAAGACGGGAUUUAUUUUUACACUUUAUUUAUAUCUAGCAUAUACAUAUGAUCAUACUAUUAGCUAAAUAUUUGUAAGCAUGUUACAGAGUGUGUGGCCAUUGCUAAUAUCUCAAUCCCUUUAUGCUAGUGCUACAUAUCGAGAACUAGAUAAUGGAACUUUCAUUGCAAACAGAAAUAAAAUCUUCUUUAAAGGUUGCAGAGUUUGUUAAUCAAAUUUGAAGUAAUGUCAUUUUUAUUUUUUCCUCUCUAUCAAUCUAUAUACAUAUCUCUCUUGUUGACUUUCUUGUACAAAAUGUUAAUAAGGUACAAAGCUAGAUUAAAAAAAUACUGUGAUAAAGUGUGUACAAUAAUGAAAAAUACUAUGUAACAGAACAUAAGUACAAAAAAAUCAAUGUGAAUUUUAAUUGAUACAUCUAUGGCUAUCUCUCUUGUUAUAUUCAACAGAUUGUAACUUUUUUUCUUGUGUGUUCAAGAUUGAUUAAUUAUUCUGUGAAAUGACAGAACUGUUGUUGUUUUUUCUUCUCUUUAUGACAAGACGAAGAUGAUGGAGACGAGAAGACUUGUAGAAGAAUUUUAAGUAGAGAUGAUGGUGAUGAAGAGAAGGUUAAAGACUUAUUAUGAUGAUUAUUGUUAUUAUUAGUUUGACACCAAUCGUAAGAUUGUGUAUUCAAUGUCUGGAUGCAAAAAAAUAUAAUAUUAUUGGAAAAAUAAAGAUGGAAAAAAAAAAUGAUGCACCGAGUA